AUGGCGACGAAAGAAAAACAGCCCGUAGAUAACUUCAAUUCUACAGCGAAUUUGACAAGUAAUGCUGGCUUCCAAUCUACACUGAGCAUUGAUUCAAAGGAUGUCAUCGGAACUGAUAAGGCGUACAACCCUUUUGAACACAGACAUGUCGAACAUCCGAAUUCAACAUUUGGUUCCAUUUUGCAUCUUUUGAAAGCAUGUCUCGGGUCUGGAAUCCUUGCGAUGCCAGCAGCUUUUAAGAAUUCAGGUCUUGCUAUUGGAGUUAUUGGUACACUGUUUGCUGGUUUGAUUUGCACGCACACGGUUCAUUUGGUUGUUAAAACCUCUCAAGAAAUUUGCGUUGUAGCUAAGAAACCAUCAAUGGGUUUCGCUGAAACAUGUGGAGCUGCAUUUACUUACGGUCCUAAAGGCGUCCGACGCUGGGGAGGAUUUGUCAAAACUCUGAUGGAUUACUCCAUGCUUGUGACAUAUAUAAGCGUACUUUGUGUGUACAUUGUGUUCAUAGCUUCGUCUUUUAAAGGGGUCGUGGAUGUAUAUCUACCAAACUACGACAUUUCAGUACGGAUGUAUUGUUUAAUGGCGUUGAUUCCGCUUAUAUUGAUUUGUCAGAUAAGGAAUUUAAAAUACUUGGUGCCGUUUUCAGCGAUUGCCAAUUUUCUCAUUAUAAUUGUAUUCGCUGUGACGAUGUACUAUAUGUUCGUUGAUUUACCACCUUUGAGCGAAAGAGAGGCUGUCGCUAGUGUCACACAAUGGCCGCUUUUCGUAAGCACAGUGAUAUUCGCCAUGGAAGGCAUCGGCGUUGUAAUGCCAGUUGAGAAUGAAAUGGCUAAACCUCAACAAUUUUUGGGCUGUCCUGGAGUAUUAAAUAUAUCAAUGUUCAUUGUGAUCACUUUGUAUGGUGUUUUUGGAUUCUUCGGAUACGUACAAUUUGGUGAUGCCGUCCAAGGAAGUGUAACAUUAAACCUACCACAAGACAAAUGGAUUGCCCAAGCUGCUAAACUUUUAAUGGCAUUGGUCAUGUAUUUUUCCUUUGCUCUUCAGUUCUACGUGCCAAUGGAAAUGAUAAACCGACUUCUACAAAAGAGGUCCUCAAAAAGAUUUGAAAAUCUUAUUCAAGUCAGCAUAAGGACGGUUCUUGUAACAAUUACUGUUGCUGUUGCGGUAGCUUUCCCUAACUUGGAGCUGGUCAUCAGUUUAGUCGGUGCUAUUUUCUUUUCGAAUCUUGGUCUUCUGGUUCCUGCUGUAAUCAACACUGUUUAUCUUUGGGAUAAAGAUUUGGGCAAAUUUAACUACGUUGUUAUUAAAAACUCUAUAAUUGUAAUAAUAUCGAUCAUUGCUCUCGUAUCUGGUUCUUAUGCAUCUAUACUUGGUAUGAUUAAUGAAUCUAGUCACGAAAGUUCAAAUUCAACUUUAACAUAAAAAUUAAUUUUAUAUAUUUGUAGAGA